ACGACGACAUUGUUGAGCGGCUGCCUCGGCGUCGCUGUCGCCUCGCAAGCUGUGGCCAGGCGCGGGCAGCAGCCGCGGCUGACACUGAACAGCAUCAAGGCGAGCCUACUGCUCCUCCUCCUCCUCCUCCUGCUGCUGCUCCCAACAACAACAACAACAACAGCGACACCUCAAGAUGCUGCUGCUGCAACAGGGUCGACGACGCAGCACGCUGAGCUAUCCCGUGGCGCUGCUCGUGGCGACCAUGGCGCAUACAACGCAACUAAUAGUAUUCCAGCCUACAACAACAACAGCAACAACAACAGCAACAACAGAAGCAACAACAACAACUCCAACUCCACCGAUCCGGUCGCCGAUGGGGAUGCUGAGCAGAUGCUGCCACAGAUUCCGUCGUAUAUACGCACAACCGCCAUGUUCUUCUGCAUAAUCAUCAUGCUGCUGGGCGUCAUCGGCAAUGUGAUGGUGCCCAUCGUAAUAGUGAAGACAAAAGAUAUGCGCAAUUCCACAAACAUAUUUCUAACCAAUCUGAGCAUUGCCGAUUUGCUGGUGCUGCUCGUCUGCACGCCCACGGUUCUCGUCGAGGUGAACACACGACCCGAGACUUGGGUGCUGGGCCACGAGAUGUGCAAGGCGGUGCCAUUUGUGGAGCUGACGGUGGCCCAUGCCAGCGUAUUGACCAUCUUGGCCAUCUCCUUCGAGCGAUACUAUGCCAUCUGUGAGCCCCUGAAAGCCGGCUACGUGUGCACCAAGGCGCGCGCCAUUCUCAUCUGUGUCCUGGCCUGGGGCAUUGCCGCGCUCUUUACGAGCCCCAUACUUUGGGUGGCUGAGUACAAGCUGGUUGAGUAUAUCGAUGGAUCCUCGGUGCCAGUUUGCCUGACCCAAGCGAUUGGCGUCUCCACGGUUGGUUUCUUUCUGAUGACCAUAUCCGUGUUCUUCGUGCUGCCGUUCCUAAUGCUGGUCGUGCUGUAUGGCAUCAUUGCCCGGAACCUGGUCUCCAGUCAGAGCGCCAUGCUGCGCGCCCGUCCCACCAAGCCGGAGCUGAGUCUAAAGGCGCGCAAGCAGGUGGUCCUCAUGCUGGGCGCCGUUGUGCUCUCGUUUUUUGUCUGCCUGCUGCCCUUUCGGGUGCUCACGCUGUGGAUCAUCCUGAGCACGGAGCAGACGCUGCACGACAUGGGCCUGGUGCGCUAUUAUAGUCUGCUCUACUUUUGCCGCAUCAUGCUCUACCUCAACUCGGCCAUGAAUCCCAUACUCUACAAUCUGAUGUCCACCAAGUUUCGCAAGGGUUUCGCUCGCCUCUGCCACGACGUCGCCCGUCUCCUAUUGAAGCUGCUCACCCUGGGACGCCGCCGUGCCAAUGCGGGUGACUCACGCGGACGCAGCGGCACCCUUUCGACGGGCACGGGCACCCAGACGAACUCCUCGAAUGCGACAGCGGCCACCAGCUCGAGCAUUCUGUCGCGCGGCUCGAAUCGACGCGGCAGCGAGGAAAUCAGCCGCACACGCCUCAAAAUCGAACUGCAAUUGCCGUGCGGCAGCGAUCUGGAAGCGAUGGCCAUGCUCCAGAACUCCACGUUGCGCAGCAAGCGGCGGCAGAGCGACAGCCGGCUGCUCGGCGAGAAGAAACCGCGACGGCCCAAGCCGCAAAUAAGUUUCGAUGAGGCAGCCGUGGAACGAGUCCCAGAGGAAACUUUAAGCCCGGCAUGAAGAGGAGGCAAAUCCUGGCAAGGGAGGAGAAGAAGAGACCAAGAGACGAGUAGGAGCUGGAGGAGGAAGUCGCAGAGGAGGAGGAGGAGCUAUGGCAGAAGUAGAAACCGUAGGAGGAAACUGUAAAGCUGGACUAAAGCGGAGGCAAAUGCAAGCCAGAGGAGAAGUAGGGACCAAAAGACGAGUAGUAACCGGAGGCAGAGGAGGAGGAGAAGCUGUGGUAGAAGUAGAAACCGAAGGAGGAAACUGUAAAGCUGGCCUCAAACGGAGGCAAAUCGCAUAAUGACAGGCAGAGCCGGAGGCAAAUCCAGGCAAAAAACGGAGACAAGUCCAGGCAGAGGAGGAGGAAGGAGGAGCAGGAAGCGGAACGGAAUGAAAAAUCAUGUGUAACCCGUUUACACUUACGCUUCAGUUGAUUCUGGAAUGUCGGCCGGCCGGCCGGCAGAGUCUCAGCUGAUCCUGGCCACGCCCGUAAUCGAUGCCAUUCAGGCGUUGACAAGACCCAAGCUCCUUGGACAUAUCCGCACACAACAAAAAACAAUCAAUUUUUCGGGCUAUUAAACUCGAAUGAAUGUGCCAAAGAUAAAUAACAGCAGCGACAGCCAAAGCAGCAAAAACAACUACAACUAUAAGAGGGGAGCGGGGCGGGGUGCGGGUGCGGGUGCGGGUGGUCCAUUAACUGGCAUGUAAAGCACGGCAAAUGGAAAUGGCUUUAUAUGCGUUUGGUGAGCCCAUCAAGCAGGCGGAUAAACAUGAUUUAGUUGUAUUGAAAUACAUAGUUUCUUCCUCUUCUUCUCUCUGCUGCGCAGUUUCCUUCUGCAGAGUAUGUUUCGUCCAUUUGCCAAAAUGGCGGCCAACAGCAAAAAAAAGUGUUGCCUACUUUGCGGCGGCCGAGUAAAAAUCAAAACCAAACAAAUGCAUAGCUCGCAUGUACACGCACACACACGCACACACAUACACACGCUCACACAUAUUAAUAAAUAUUUAUAUAUAUAUAUAUGCCCACGCACACAUGUAUUUACCUUGUAUAUCUACUUAGAGGCGCCCAAUUUGUAAGUAAAUAAACAUUUUUGUAUUACAA